UAUACAGUAGAUGUCCUCUCGAGAUAAGUCUGUACUGUUUUGAUGACAGGGAACACAACACUGUAAUGGGCGGUCUUCUGUCAACUGAUAGUGAAGAUAUCACUAAUUUACAAAGGAACAAUGAUCAACUACGACACGCACUGGACCAAAGUAGCAUGACUGUGGAUGAACUUAAAGAGCUAGUAAAGUGCCAAAAUGAUCAACUACAAAUCACAAUGGAACAAAAAGACGUCGUCAUACAGGCACUAAAAGAGCAAAUGAAGGGGAACAACGAACAAGUAAACCAGACAAUGGAUCAAAAUAAGAUGAUCAUACAGACACUUCAAGAAGAAUUAACAGAACAACAGAAGAUUGCCGAAGAAUACAAGACUGUAAGGCUGUUUCAAGACGUGAGGAUAUUUCUACAAAAUAACGCUCGUGUCAUUGGUGCAGUAGUGGUGGGUGGUGGAACAAUCCUGUUUGGGGCUUAUAUGAUAAAAAAAAAGUUCUUCGCAAGUGAGAGUUCUUAUUUGCUUCCUGAACCAUGGCGUAAAAUCCAUCCAACAGAGACAGAUACUCCAAAGAUCAAAGACUUCUACCUGAGAAAAAUAGGUGACAUCUGCCGUGAUAAAGACAGAAAGCUCAAUAUUCUACUUCUGGGUGAAGGCGCGAGUGGAAAGUCUUCCUUCAUUAACUCCUGUGCAACUGCUUUAAAACAAAAGGGUACCAUUGCUAGAAUAGCAGCUGUUUUAGAAGGAUGUUCGGACUCUGUAACAAAACAUUUAGCAGCAUAUGCCCUAGAAAUCAAAGAUGGUGAUGGACAGAUACGGUUACCUGUCCGACUAUUUGACUGUAGAGGACUGUUGGAUGAAGAAAGAGGAGUGCAGACUGAGGAUAUCAAAUAUAUUUGUGAUGGCCACGUAAAAGACCAGUAUAAGAUACAACCUGGGACUCCUAUCAAUCCCAACGACGAAAACUUCCUUAAAAACCCAGGAGAAAAGAACAAGAUGCAUUGUGUUGUAUACGUUUUAGAUGCUAAAAAAAUUCAGAGUGGAGACAACUUUGUACGGUCAACUGUUAAAGAGCAAUUUAAAAAAGUGAAGGAGUACUUACAUACUUCACGUACUCUUCAGCUGGUACUCUUGACAAAGAUUGACCGACUUGGUAUCAGACACAUUGUGCAGGUGUGCUACGAUAGACGAGUGAAGGAGUGCUGCGAAAUAGCAUCUUCCGUCCUUGGAGUUCCUCUGGACGAUGUGUUACCCCAGGCCAACCACUGCGAUGAGACCACCUCUUUUGUAGGGAAAGAUUUGAUAACCUUAUACAACAUAUGGAAAAUUAUGGAAAGAGCGAUCCAAUUCGUGCAAAGGGCAUCUGAUAAAAGCGUUCCUGAGCAAAAACAAAUGAGAGGACCAUUAGUUGAUUAGUUGUCAUUGACAUUUUGAGUGAACUAUCUUUCUAAUCCUAUGUCCAUUUAAUGCUAAAUAACAUAACCUAGCUUUAAAAAUCAAAUAUUUAUCUUAACAUUUUUUUUUAAUAUUGACAAUCACUACGAUUUUCUUAUGAACACGUAUCUGAGGUAUAAUGAAAAUAAAGCACUAAUGA